GAGCGGGACGAGCUGCCCGAGCUGGCGGCCGCUCGCCCGGGCCAUGUCGCGGCGAGAGGGCGGCGGGACGGGGCUGCCCCGCCCGCUGCUCUGGCUGGCGCUGUGCGCGCUGUGCCCGCUGUGCCGCGGGGCAGCCCUGCCCUCAGGGCCCGGCCCGGCCGCCUGCAGCCCCCGCUGCCGGCACGGCGGGCUCUGCCUCGGCAACGGCACCUGCCUCUGCUCCAAGGGCUACGAGGGCGAGCGCUGCCAGCACGCUACAUGUUAUCCAAAAUGCAAAAACGGUGGGGAGUGCCUCCGACCUGGAAAAUGCAGAUGUCCACCUGGGUAUGGAGGUAGAUACUGUCAUAAAGUAAGCUGUGAAGGAGGCUGUCAGAAUGGUGGGGAAUGUGUCUCUGUGAAUGGAGUUGUGAAGUGCCUUUGUGCUUCUGGCUGGACAGGAUCAAGAUGCCAAGAAGCAAUUUGUCCUCAAGGUUGUCGUAAUAAUGGAGCUUGUGUGGCUCCUGGGAUUUGUAGCUGUCCAGCUGGAUGGGUCGGUGGAGCAUGUCACUUAGCUGUAUGUAAACUACCCUGUCAACAUGGAGGGAAGUGCAUAGCUCCAAACGUGUGCAGAUGUCGACUGCCAUACUCUGGUCUGCAGUGCACAAAGAAAAGGAAGGAAUGAAGCAACUUCAGCAAAGAUAAACUGCUUUGUUGGUUUUUCUU